AUUUUCUGUUUCCACUGUUCUUGGUGGAAUAAUAUGGAAUUUCUGAAUCAUUAAAGAAAAUUCAAUUUCAUUUAGAAGUCUGAACAUAAAUAUCAAACUGAGCAAACUCCAGUCAGCUGUAGUUCAGACACAUACAGCAUUGGGCUCUAUCAUAGUUACACUGUCAGCUCACCAGGCCUUGUUUCUUCUUUUCAUCCGUUGUUUCUUUUCUAACAGUGUUAAACUUGCUGCCUUUUCCAGAAACAAUAUUUUUCUCUGAAGAAAAAGUUUUUACUGCAACUUCAUCACUGAAAGCUGGAAAAAGAUGCUGCCCAUCAUAGUUACGGUUGCAUGGAUCUAUGUUUUCGACUGCCUGCCUUUGACCAUACAGGUCCUUUGUUUUGUGGGCUGUGUGGCAAGAAGGAAUCAGGUCCCUGUCAUCUAUUACAUAAACCUCAUCCUCUCCAAUGUGAUCAAGAUUUGCGCCUUCAACAUGACAAAAGCAAAACCAAAUGACCGCACAGUCUCCAGCAUUGCUUCAGUUAUUUACCUGUUGAGUGUGAUGGCCAGUCUUUACUUCAAGACGUGCAUUGCUCUGGAAAGGUAUUUUUUCAUCGCCUGCCCCCUGCUGGACUUCAUCAGAAAAACUAAGACUUCUGUGCUGGUCUGUCUUCUGGUCUGGACCCUUUGUGUUUUCAGUUGCCCUCUUGAAGUAUUAUUACAGCAGUCUGAACGCAUCUUUAUUUUUGCCUUGUUUCCUGCUCCCUUGUUCAUCUGCUGUCUAGCUGGGACUCUCAGAUCUCUGCCUGAUGCCACCUCAGUGCCCAGUGAGGAGAAACAAAGAAUUAUAGGAACUUUGGUUCUGUUGUUGAUUAGCUACUGUCUGAUUAUCAUACCUACAAUCAUCCUAAUAGUUUUGGAACCAUAUCUUUUUGACAGUUACUUCAUUUCCAUCUUUUCUCUGCUCAAUUCUUUUGAGGUCUUGAUUCUGUUUGUCAUUAUGUGUAGAGGUCCAGUGGAAAAUGCGCUGGCAUGUCUGUGCUGCUGCAGCAGAUCCAGCAAAAGAUCAUCAGUGUGAGUGAUGGCAGCACACACAAGUGGGUUCAUGUCAGCCAGGAAAGGAAAAGAGAAUAAGAGGAGAACACAGCAGGAGAGAGGCUGAGAAAGCAAGCAAACAAUCUAUCUCACUAGAAGUGAACAAGAACCCUCAUUCACUAAAGUGUGUAUGGAACAUAAAAUUUGUGCGUAAAAUCAUUGUCAGAUUUAGGAAAUGUGUUCACUAUUGUGCAUAUGUUAGUAAAUCAGACUCAUUCUAAAUGAACGAGCUUGGCUGCAGUGCUGCCUGCCCCUAUUUCUCUGUUUAAGGAAGACAUUUACCCAGAGGUGAAAUUGACAAAAAAAAAAUGAGCAAAAAAAAAAAGAUGGAAUUAGCUUAAAAUUCCAAAGGACAGUUGUGUUGCCACUGCUGGUAACACUAGGGGAAUUGGAUCAAAAACAUUAAUCGGAGCAUCCAGAGCAGUGACCCUGAAACUGGGGGCGUGCCUCCAGCAGAUCCCAGGAACAACAUCUCUCUAGGAACAGCAAAGAUACUGCACAGGACCCUCAGUCUAGAAGGAUAAAGACGGGCCAGUGGGGAUUUGGUUUUUUCAAUUUCAGUUUCAAAUUUUAUUAAUUGUUUUCUCACAUUAACAUUUGUAUUUACUCUGAUCUAUUGAGUUAUGAAACAGUAUUGUGUAUUACUAAAAAUAUAUUUAAUAUAUAGCAGGGGUGUCAAACUCCAGUCUGCGAGAACUUGACUGCAUGCUGAGGUGGCAACCCCUAACCCUACUCAAGUAAAUUCAAGUAAAUGUAAGUGUUUGGAAAAAUGUUCCUGUAAAAGUACCUUUAUUGCACCAUGUUCAUUCACUCUUUAUCUGCUGUAACAUGAAUCAAAUGGCUGAAUCGCCACCUCAGCAUGCAGUCAAGUUCUAUGUAAAAGUCACAUGUAAAGGUUUCAGGACACCGGCCCUCGAGGACUGGUUUGACACCCGCGGCCUAUAGUGACUUCAGUUUUCUGCACACACAUUGCAGUAUGUUAAAUAUCCAUCUAUAUUUUCUUAUUCUUGCAAAAUUUUGGUCAUAUCCUAUUUGCUUCUGUGCUUUAUGUCACUGUCAUCUUUUUUCAUUCAUGUUGGGUGGGAGUGUUUGUGUUCUGUAGGGCCAGGUGGUUUUAUCUCUUCCUUAAAUCUUUGUUAUUUGAUCUAUUAAUGACAUUAAAAUGUAAAUAUAUCAUGGAAAAAAAAACGUUGCCAUUUUUGGUUGAACUAACUAUAACUUUAAAAGCACCAAAGGAUGAUGUAGGAAACCGUGAAAUCAUUUUCUUUGUCAGCAGAAUGAUGUGACAACAUUUGAACCAUCACCAUUUUUUAGCCACUAGAUGGAGACACAGGGUUGAAAAUAGGAUGGUGUUUUAGAGGCGUAUGUGACGGUGAGUCUGUUUGACUACUCUAUGUUUGCAGUUGAAGAGUGACAAUAAAUUGUCCAGUUUUUGGGGGGUAGUAACUUGUUAGAUAUGUAUUAAUUUAUUUGUCUUUGGUGUAUUUCCUUUGUGGUCCACUGCACUCUGUAAUUGUAGACCUGCCUGGAAAAUCCUGUAGCGAGCCAGAACCCCGGUACACCACCAACCUCUUCAUGUUUCUAACCACUUUUCCCCACUCUGUGACACACUCCCUGAGGAACAA